AUGGAGACUACUGCGAGAACCUACAAGGGCAUCAUUGGUCCCCUUGAAAACCGAUGCUCCCAUUGUCAAGCGCGGGCUGCCAAGCUCCUCCGAUGCGUUGGCUGCUCCGCUGUUCGGUACUGCAACCGUGAGCACCAGACCGCCCACUGGCCGCACCACAAGCCCCUCUGCGUCCAGAUCAAGCAGGCACGCGCCCAGCUAGCCGAGGAAGAGCAGCGUUUGCGGCAGGCGCCCGCGGACUUUUGGACGCCCGCCAAUGUAUUCGAGACGCAGGUCGGCCACUUCUGGGGUCUCGUCGGCACCCGCGACUACAUGCGCGCGCGCUUCCUGCUCGCCGGCGACCUCCUCCCCAAUGUAGGCACGCUCUGCAGCAUCAAAGAGGCGCUCAAGCACCUUCGGGAUAUGCUGCGCCUGUGCCGCGGCGACAACAUGGGCGUGAGGAACAUGGUGCCCGCCAUGAUGCUGCGCCUGGAUCGGGACCAGGAGUGCUACGACUUUGCAAAGUGGUGGGCUACCUGCGACCCCGAUGGCCGCUACGACUGGGGAGACAUGAGCCUGCCGUAUCUCAGCACUCGCAAUGCCGAUGUUUUCGAGCGGCCUGAUUUUUUCAGCAGCUAUCCUUCAAUCAAUGGCGUCUCUGCUAUUCUGCUGUUGAAGCUGAAGCUUCUCGUCGACAUUCGCAAUAUACGAGUUGCCCGAAAGAUCUUUGCCCAACGCUCGACUCCCCUUGAUAUAUGUCGACUGAUUGAGCGCGAGCUGAUUCGCAGCCCGCUCUCCAAACGAUUCCUAGAGGAUUCCUCCCAGACCCUCAUCCAGCUCGAAUGCAAGCUCAUACGACACGCUCGCGAACUCGGCGCCACGCUCAUCAAGGCGAAUGAGCACUACGUGCCUGCUCUAUUGGAGCCGGACGGAGCCCUAUCUCACACGCCUGCUGCAUACUCGCCAGGGUCCUGGGAAGAAAUGGCUCUGAGUCUGCGCUACUGUUAUGCCGCAUGGUGGGAGACGGCAGGCGUGCUGGAACUACUGCGGGAUGCGCAAGCUUGCGCGGCGGCGGAGUUGCAGGACGAGUUUCAACACCUGGUUCUGUAUGACACUGAUCCGUACCGUACUGCUGAGGACGGUCUUGAAGAACUGAGCAUCUAUCGGAUCUGGGUCUCCCUGGACCACGCAGUGGAAAACGCUUCCUACCUGGGGCCAUGGUCGGAUCGACCCUCUGAACGAUACAGGAGAAUUGAGUGGAUUGGCGAUGACAGCGAUGAUGAGCUUGACAGCGAUGAUGAAUAUUCCUAG